AGAGAAAGAUAUUGGUAUCCGAGUGUGGCAAGAUGGCUUCCCUUCAAGAACCAUGGCUAUUGGAGAACGGCAACCUGAAGGGUUGUAGCAAGGAGAUUCGCCAUGGAAGAACUGCACAUAACAUGUCGUCUUCCUCCUUGAGGAAAAAGUCUGAUUUGACCCUUGUUUCCAAGGUUCGAUAUGUUAUGCUUCGUCAGUUCCUCACCAAUCUUCAAGAGGUCAUUUUGGGGACUAAACUCUCGAUUCUUUUCCUUGCCAUUCCAUUGGCCAUUCUUGCUGAGUGCCAUGGCUUUGGAAGACCCUGGAUUUUUGCAUUGAGUUUACUUGGACUUACACCAUUGGCUGAACGAGUCAGCUUCCUCACCGAGCAAAUUGCUUUUUACACUGGUCCAACAGUGGGAGGGCUGUUGAAUGCAACCUGUGGCAAUGCUACCGAGCUGAUCAUAGCAAUAUUUGCACUAAGCCAACAUAAAAUAGAUGUGGUCAAGUAUUCCCUGUUGGGUUCUGUCCUAUCCAACCUGCUCUUGGUUCUUGGGACCUGUCUCUUCUGUGGCGGUAUUGCCAACCUCAGAAGGGAACAAAAAUAUGAUAGAAGACAAGCCGAUGUGAACUCUCUCCUUCUUUUGCUUGCAUUAUUGUGCCAUUCGUUGCCGUUGUUGUUCCGAAUGAGUGGGGCAUCGGCCGCUCUCACAGCCGACCCUACACUGCAAUUGUCAAGGGCGAGCAGCAUUGUGAUGUUGAUUGCAUACAUUUCUUACCUGGUGUUCCAACUAUUCACACAUCGGCAAUUGUUUGAAGCCCAACAGGAAUUGGAAGAGGACGGAUUAUCAGAGGAAGAGCCAGUGAUCGGAUUUUGGAGUGGAUUUUUAUGGCUAGUUGGAAUGACAGCUGUCAUUUCUCUCCUCUCUGAAUAUGUUGUGGAAACAAUUGAGGAUGCCUCGGAUUCAUGGGGGAUUUCUGUUAGUUUCAUCAGCAUUAUUCUGCUACCAAUUGUUGGAAAUGCAGCAGAACAUGCAGGAGCUAUCAUUUUUGCCUUCAAAAACAAGCUGGAUAUUUCUUUAGGUGUUGCAUUAGGGUCUGCAACGCAGAUUUCCAUGUUUGUGGUCCCACUUUGCAUUAUCGUGGCUUGGAUUAUGGGUAUUGAGAUGGAUCUUAACUUCAAUCUCCUUGAAACCGGCUCACUCGCGCUAUCCAUCAUCGCUGUUGCCUUCACUUUACAGGAUGGGACUUCACACUACAUGAAAGGACUGGUUCUUCUACUGCUCUACAUUGUUAUCGGGGCUUGUUUUUUCGUGUCGAAAACACCCCUCAGCAAGGGUAUCGACACAGUCGUUGGAGCUUGAUGAUGUUGUGAACCAUGAUCAGCCGGAGAUUUGAUGCAUUUGUUAUUCUUUUCAUAUAUGGGGGCUGCCUGAAAGCUGAGAAAUUCGCAGAUUACUACUCCGCAUGUAGUUGUUAUGUUGUUGAGAUGGAUGGUAUGUUAUAUUAGGUAUUUUGGUUAAAGAUGGGGCAUACCGUAGAAGCUUAAUGAAGACAGGCUACAAUUACUACACAGCAGCACAUUGUUCUGGUCUGUCUGUGUGUUGAUUUCUUUGUUUUUCUAAAUUAUGGGCGUAUGUAUGUAUUAGAAGUGGCGAAUGAAGUUUUCUCAUGGGGUUUGUUUUUGUUUCUCUUGUAAUUCAUGCAGUUAUCAAAAUAAAAUGAAAAUCCUUGUUGUUUCUCAUUUGGC